GAAGGCUACCAGGACAGACAGAUGCUCCACUGCCUCUACAUGCAACAACAUGGCUUCCAGACCCUCUCUGACUGAAGAUGAUUUCUCCUGUCCUGUGUGCUGUGAUAUCUUCAGGGAGCCUUUCCUCCUGUCCUGCUCCCACAGCAUCUGUAAAAGCUGCCUGCACACUUUCUGGCAGGAGCGAGGAGCUCUAGAGUGUCCCAUCUGCAGGACCGUGUCCUCCACCCCUGAGCCUCCAUUGAACAUCGUACUGCACAACAUGUGCGAGGCGGUACUGAAGGAGCGGAACCGGAGGAUGUCAGUGGAAAUGGAGGGGCUCUGCAGUAUACACCAUAAAGCUCUUACUCUGUUCUGUGUAAAGGAUCAGAGGCCUCUCUGCACCAAGUGCAAGGACUCCACAUUACACAGCAGGCACACUGUCUGCUCCAUACGGGAAGCAUCACAAGACCUCAAGCAGGCACUCAAAAUGAAACUGAAGCCCUUACAUGAGAAGAUUAAAAUCUAUGAGGACUUCAAACAGUCCUGUGUUAAUACCAGAGAGCAUAUUAAGAAGCAGAGCCAACACACAGAGGCAAUGGUCAGGAGGGAAUUCGAAAAGCUUCACCAGUUUCUCUGGGAUGAAGAGGAGGCCAGAAUAACUGCACUGAAAGAGGAAGAGGAGCAGAGAAGUCAGACAAUGAAGAAAAAGAUUGACAAGAUCACAAUUAAAAUAUCCAACGUCAUUGACACCAUCAAUGCCAUUGAGAAACAGAUACAAGGAGAAGAUUUGCCAUUUCUGUUGAACUACAACACUUCACUUGAAAGAACUCAAGCCAAACUAGAAAAUCCAGAGAAAUUAUCUGGAGUUCUGAUCAAUGUGGCAAAGCAUCUGAGCAACCUGAGCUUCCAAGUGUCAGAGAAGAUGCACGGCUUUGUACGAUACACCCCUGUGGUGUUUGACCCCAACACUGCCCACGCUGGCCUCAUAGUGUCUGAUGAUCUGAUCACGGUGGCGUAUAAAGGCGAGCUUCAGCAGCUUCCUGAUAACUCAGAGAGGUUUGAGGGUUAUGUGAGCGUCAUAGGCUCUGAGGGCUUUAAUUCAGGCACACACUGCUGGGAUGUCGAGGUUGGAGACAACACUGCCUGGGCCGUGGGAAUCAUCUCAGAGUCUGUGUAUGAGCACAGAGAAAAUCUCUCGCGGUUUGGGUUGUGGUAUGUGGGCUUUUGCAAUGACAAAUACGGUAAAGGAUAUGCACCUGAGAUCCUGACGCUGUUGCGGGUUAGCGAGAAGAUUGAUAGGAUCAGGGUUACGGUGGAUUUUAACAAGGGAAAGGUGAUCUUUACUGACUCAGCCCGUAACAUCUGUCUGCACAUCUUUAAACAAUCUUUUAGGGAGAGAGUUUUCCCUUAUUUUUACAGCCACUGCAAACUCCAUCCUCUGAGAAUAUUACCAGUAAAGUCUUCAGUGACCAUUCAGAUGGACAGUUAGAUAAUACCAGACACAAUGACUUAACUCAGGCCAAACAAUCAUUUUGAGCAGUGGUGGCAUCUUACUCAGAAAGUUAUGAAUUCAAAUCCCUGAAUUGCCAACCUGCUACUGAUUGGUCAUUGAGGAAGUCCUUAAAUCCCUACAAGAUAUGCUGGAUCCUAGUUUUCUAGCAGUACAAUAUUUCACUGUACUGUACAAACAUGGAUAUGUGACAGUAUAAAAUUGAAUGAUCAUAGAGCAGGCUUGUCCAAUCUUCUCUGGAAACCGCCGGUGUGGGUGUAGGUUUUCACUCUACCCAAGCAGAAACCACACCUGAGUCUAUUGAAAGCCAAGCUCGACUGUAUAAACACCAGGUGGAAUCAGGUGUGGCUCCUGCUUGAUUGGAAUGAAAACCUACACCCACACCGGCCCUUGGCAGAAAAGAUUGGACACCCCUGUCAAGGACAAUAGAAGAGUCAGGGACAUUUGUGUAGCUAAUAGCUGUCAUGGGGGAGUGUCCAUGGACGUGGAUGCAGAACUUCUUUUAAAAAAACAGAACACAGGGAAACAGACACUAGGAACACCAGAAAACCAGGAAACACCAGGGAACCAAAACAACCAGAAACUAAGGAAUACUAUAUAAACAAGGCUAGAAAAUAAUUAAACUAUCAAAAAGACUAUGUAUAGUACAAAUAACAUCAAAUGGAAAGGAGCGGGGUCCCCAGCCGAGACGGGAGGCGAAGCGACAUCCCCAGCCGAGACGGGAGGCAGAGCGACGUCCCCAGCCGAGACGGGAGGCAGAGCGACGUCCCCAGCCGAGACGGGAGGCAGAGCGACGUCCCCAGCCGAGACGGGAGGCAGAGGGACGUCCCCAGAUGAGCAAGGGAGCAGUGCUGUGCCAACAAGUUGGGGGGCGGGGUUGGGGUGGAAGGGUAAAUUCACCAGCUGGGACGGGCGGAGGUUGACGGCUGUAAUGGGACCAUGAAGCAGAGCGAUGUCCUCAGCUGAACAAAGCAGAGCGACAUCCGCAGCAAGACAGGGAAGCAGGGUGACGACCUCAGCAAGACACAGAGGCGGAGCGACAUCCUCAGUGGGGAGCCGAGGAUCUCAGUGGGGCGGGGUACGAGUGCAGUGGCGAGCCUCCAGCUUCUAACCACAAACCGUCUCCUAAUCCAGUCUAUCCCACUGCCCCAAAUGUACCUCCUAUAGGUGAACCUCAAGAGCCAAAACCCACUCCCAUCACAGCACUGGAGUUCUGUUGCAUCCAUGUGUAGCUGGAGCAUUCUGUUAAGGGGGAGAGUCCAUGGAGGCGGAUAUAUGUGCAGAACUUUAUUUUAAAAAAAAACAGGACACGAGGAACCAGAAAACCAGGAAACACCAGGGAACCAGAACAACUAGAAAUACUUAAACUAUCAAAAAGAUAGAGUUGGGUACUCAAUCCUGGAUUCGGAUUAUGAACGAACGUACUCUCCCUUCCUGACAAUGUGGCUUUUCUUCACACACCUGAAGUGCACACAGAAAUCUGCCUCAUCGUGUACCAAAUGAACUCUAUGCUCAAUCGCUUCUGUGUUUUAUCUCACCCAGCUCAGUUACAUCUGGUGCCGCGCCAGAAGCCGCUUUGGUGAUAACUGUGUAAAGAUGGCACAGGAAAGUAUGACUUAUUACACUCAAUGUUUACAAUACCUUCCCUAGAUUACUGUGAAUGGUGUUAAUUAUAUUGUGAGGCAGUCAGUUGUUACACCCAACAGUAAGAAAGAGAAGGGCUUAUAUAUUUCGAGUUACAUCGACAAUUUUUAGGGUGAGUAUUCUCAUGCUAUAUCCGACUAGCGAAUCUAGCUAAGUCUCUGUUUUCUAUCAGUUAAUUCCUGUCUUUGCAUUAUUUGUAUUUAUUUAUCUAAUUAAAAUGUACUUUAUACAAUAAAUUAUCUGCACUUGCAUCCACCUCCUCCUCCAGUCCCUGACAACUUGAGUACAUGGUUCACUGUAAUGGUACUUUUUUGAGUAUAGUUAAAUCAUAGUACUUUUACUUGAGUUUGUUUUUUAAAUAAAACAUUAACCUUCAUUAUAUUUACUUUUAAUCACUGAUGCAGACUAAAAAAAAAUAUAAAGAUGCAUUUAAACAUAUAAACAUUGAAACAUGUUCGGCCGAACUAUUGUCUUCCUGCUGUUGAUACCUUAACUUUCUGGAAGCCAUUAAUAUAAUUGUAUAUAAUACUAAUAAUACUAUAAUAAUAAUAACAAUAAUACCUAUAAUAGCUGAAUCAUUGUAAAAUGAAUCUGAGUUUUGCUGGUAGUACACUUCACUAUAUAUUUAAUGCUAUACAAAAGUAAAGUCGCUGGCUGAGAUUCUACCGGAAAUAAUGAUGAGUCUUUAUUGAUCACAUAUACAUUACAGCACAGUGAAAUUCUUUUCUUCACAUACCCCAGCAUGUCAGGAAGCUGGGGUCAGAGCACAGGGUCAGCCAUGAUACAGCACCCCUGGAGCAGAGAGGGUUAAGGGCCUUGCUCAAGGGCCCAAUAGUGGCAGCUUGGCAGUGCUGGGGGUUGAACCCCUGACCUUCCGAUCAGUAACCCAACGCCUUAACUGCCAAGCCACCCCUGCCCCAUAAUAUGUAAGCAGCGUUUGUGCAUAGAGACUAUUAAAUUCACUUUAGUGGCUUAUUACGGUUGGACAGUCAAAUAAAUACACACAUCAUGUCAAAAUGCAGGUCUGGCCGAGUAUUCAUGCAAACACAGUCGGUUAUAUCUUAAGUGAAUGUAAACAGUUGGGAGUAAAAAUUGUUGUAAAAAUCGGAGCUGUGUCAAUACAGUAUAUUGGAUCAGUGCAUGAGGUCUUAAAGUGACCAGUCUAAUAAACAAUUUAAAAAAGAUUGUAGUCAUAUCGCCCGCCCCUAAACAUUAGCAUUUGGUGAUUCCAGUCUUGAAUUUCAUGUGAAAUGGACUUCUUAAUGUAGUGAAUAUCAUAAACCUGCUGAUGGGGAUUUUUUAAAAUUCAUUUUAGAAAUUAAAAUGAAAAAGGAAGAACAGGGCUGUGUUCAGAAAUGAGUUUGUUGUGAUUCAUAGACAGAUUAAAAGCAGUAAUAAAGCAUGAACCUUGUUAUGACAUGCUGCUGAAUGUAACUCUACUCUGUACUCUCUAUCUCUAUCAAAUAACUGAAAUGUCAACUCGGACUUGAGGACACAAAAUAGGGUGAUACUAUAACAAAACAGGUUAUUUUGCAUUUUUAUACACUUGUAAUAUAAUAAAAGUUCUACAUAUACCUCUA